UACAAAAAACCAGGGCAAAAGGAAACACAAUUCUCAUCGACAUAAAAUUAAAGGAAAAAUAACGAUGAAGUCUAUCUUUCUCCUUUCGUUUCUCCUUCUAAUCUUACCCUUCUCCUCCCAAACCCCAAACCCCAAUCUCAAACCCCCACUCCACCAGGCCGAGCUUAUAAACUUUGGUUUUCCGGUCGGUCUUCUUCCGGCCUCUGUCAAGAAGUACACUCUUAACCAAACUUCCGGUCACUUCGCCGUUGAUCUAGGCGGCACGUGUAAGAUCACGCUCCCGCCAGACAACUACCUGGCUGCUUACUCCAAGAGGAUAACGGGGAAAAUUGAAAACGGAAAGAUAGCGGAGUUGGAUGGGAUCCGGGUCAGGGCUUUGUUCAAGUGGUGGUCCAUUACCGGCAUUCGAUCCAGUGGGGAUAAUUUGGUCUUUGAAGUCGGGAUGGUUACGGCUAAAUAUCCAGCUAAGAACUUUGAUGAAAGCCCUUUCUGUGAAGGCCGUCACUCGUCUUCUUAAAAGCUAAAACCAAAGUAAAAAUUAAGGGCUUCUCGGUUUGCUGCAUGGAUUAGGUUAUUACGUAUGUUCUCUGUGAUAGUAAGAUGUUUGUCUCAUCUAAGACGAAAUGAAUACUCUGUAUCUUAAGAUGUUUGUCUCAUCUAAGACUAAAAUAUAGGGCAAACGUUAUCUUCCCCUGCAUAUUUAUGUUA